UUGGGGCAUCUAAAAUCAAUCAAAGCUCAUAAUUUAUUUUUCUUUUGGUUUGUUUAUCUUUGUUUAACCUUCCAUUUAAAAGCCUAGAAAGAGCUGAGGCUUAAGUAGUUCUCCACGUACAGUAGAGGGCCAAAGACGAAGACGUACGGCUGAUGAUAAAAGAUGCUUUCCUUGUUAUUCCUCUCUCUGCUCCUCUCCCUCGCGCUUAAAAGUGAACCUGUCCCGACCUACACCUACCACUCAUGCCCAAACACAACAACUUUCGCUCCAAACAGCACUUACCAAUCCAACCUCAACAGUCUUCUCUCUUCCCUCUCCUCCAAUGCCACGUCUCGCGAACAUCACAACGCCACCGCCGGCGGUAGAGACCCCUCUACCGUCUCCUACGGGCUUUUCUUCUGCCGCGGAGACGUUGGCACCAAAGACUGCCGAGAGUGCGUGCAGUCGGCCGUCGAAGAUGUCCGCAACCGAUGCCCCGUGGAAAAAGAUGCCAUAAUCUGGUACGAGCAGUGCCAGCUGCGCUACUCCAACCUCUCUUUCUUUGGCGCCCUUGAUGAAACUCCAACUAUUUAUUUAUGGAACACAGCAGAUAUCACGGAAAAGGAACGCUUUAACCAGCUGGUGGAGGACACCUUGAAUGAGGCGACGGCGGAGGCUGCAAAAGGUAGGCCCGGUGGGGAGAAGUUCGCGAUGAGAACAGCCAACUUCAGUCGCUUCCAGAAGUUGUACGGUCUCGUGCAGUGCUCGCCGGACCUGUCCAGCGAGGACUGUAAUCGAUGUCUCCAAGACUCCGUAUCGAAGCUUCCUUCUUGCUGCUAUGGAAAGUUUGGGGGCAGAGUUAUAUCGCCUUGUUGUAAUAUCAGGUAUGAAGUUUACCCCUUCUUUAACCUAACCGCAAUAUCACCACCUCCGUCAACGGGGCUGACUCCUCCUCCUCCUUCCAAUACUAUUGCCAAACAAAACACAGAAGGAGAAAGUGACAUCUCAUAUGUAAUUAUUCUGGCCAUUGUAGUCCCAAUUGCUGUUUGCACAGUUCUUCUCAUCCUUGCGAUUUGUAUCCUCCGUAGGAGAGCAAAACAGCACAAUUCUAUAGAGCCAGAAAAUGUUGGGGACGAUGAAAUUACAACUAUAGAGUCCUUGCAUUUUGACUUCGCGGAAAUUGAAGCUGCCACAAACAAGUUCUCUCUUGAUUGCAAGUUAGGUGAGGGAGGAUUUGGUGAGGUGUACAAGGGCACACUUGCUAAUGGACAAGAAAUAGCUGUCAAAAGACUAUCAAAGAGUUCCGGACAAGGUGUUGAAGAAUUUAAGAAUGAGGUCCUACUGCUAGCCAAGCUUCAACACAGAAACCUCGUGAGGUUGUUCGGAUUUUGCUUUGAAGGAGAAGAAAAGCUGCUUGUCUAUGAAUUUGUGCCCAACAGAAGCCUUGACAAUUUUCUAUAUGAUCCUAACGUACAAAGGCAAUUGGAUUGGGCAAUACGAUAUAAGAUAAUCGGUGGGAUUGCUCGAGGGAUUAUGUAUCUCCACGAGGAUUCUAGGCUUCGAAUUAUCCAUCGGGACCUCAAAGCUAGCAAUAUUUUGUUAGAUGAUAAUAUGAGCCCAAAAAUUUCAGACUUUGGCAUGGCAAGGAUUUUUGAUGUAGAUCAAACUCGAGGGAACACCAGUAAAAUUGUUGGGACAUAUGGGUACAUGUCUCCAGAGUAUGCAAUGCACGGGCAAUUCUCCGUCAAGUCAGACGUUUAUAGUUUCGGAGUUCUGGUCCUUGAAAUUAUAAGCGGCAAAAAGAACAGCAGUUUCUAUGAAUCAGACAGAGGCCAGGACUUGUUGAGCUAUGCUUGGAAACUUUGGAAGGCAGGAACUCCCCUGGACUUCGUGGAUCCAAAACUAGAGAGUGCUUACUCGGAAGACGAAGUUCUUAGAUGCGUCCAAAUUGGCUUGUUAUGUGUUCAGGAAGAUCCGGAAGAUAGGCCGACAAUGACAACAGUUGUUCUCAUGUUUAAUAGUUACUCUGUCACACCCGGACAACCUCAACAGCCCGCGUUUUACGUUAGAACUUCAGAACCAGAACACAUGAUGCCGGCAGCUGGACUGAACUUUGAUCAUCAAUCUACGAGCAACCAACUUCCAUUAUCUGUCAAUGAAGCAUCCAUUACCGACUUUUACCCCCGCUAAAUUAGUGAUUAGGAUAAUAUAAAAGUGUGCGGCUUUAUCCAUUUCGAUUUUGUAUCAACUUUUGUAUCUUGUGUAGCGUGUGGGACUAGUUCUCAUGCUUCAAGUAUGGUGACGAGACUUCAAAAAUCUCGGCGACCAAACAAGGUAAUGUGUAAACAGGAAAAGAAAACGAAAAAAAAAAAAAGAAAUAAAAUACGAAAGUUAAGCUGAAAAGGGAAAGAACUAGUUCUUACCCGUGCGGUUUUCCGAGGAA